UAAUAUGAUAUAACUGUGCUUAUUAGACAUCUUAUAAUAGUAUGUGUUCUGAAGAAUAAUUAUUAAAGAAUAUUCAUUCAAUAUAGAAUAAUAUAGAAUAUUCAUAAAUUAUUCAUUCAAUAUUUCUAUAGUUUUACAAUUUUUUGAAAUUGAUUCACCAAUAUGACUGUAAUAAAUAGAAUAGUAAAACCAACUACUCAUAGAGGUAAACGAGCUAUUUUGAAAAAAGAACCGAAAUUAAUAGAAAAUAUUAAACAAAUUUUGUGUUUUAAAAGCAAAAAAACUUCACAAAUAGCAGUAGAUUUUAUGAAAGAUUUGCAUAAUUUAAAAAAACCAGAUGCAGAGAUGAUGCAAAAGAAGAAUGAUAUAUUGCCAUUUGAAAAUAUAACACCUAUUGAAAAGUUUUGUCUAAAAUAUAAUGCAUCACUUUUCAUGAUUGCUUUACAUAAUAAAAAACGUCCUCAUAACCUAAUAAUGGGAAGAAUGUAUGAACACACAUUAUUAGAUAUGGUAGAAUUUGGUAUAGAGAAUUAUAAAAGCUUAAAAGAUUUUAAAAUUUCAAAAAUAUCACAAGGAAUUAAACCUUUAUUAGUUUUCAAUGGGGAACUUUUUGAAAAUAAUCAUGAAUACAGUAAAAUUAAAAAUUUAUUUGUAGAUAUGUUUCAAAGAGAACCAGUAGAAAAAAUUAGAUUACAAGGUCUUGAACAUGUUUUAAGUUUUACUAUUAUUGAGAAUAAAAUAUUUUUACGCAGUUAUAGAAUACUUUUGAAAAAAUCCAAUUCUAGCAUACCAAGAAUUGAAUUAGAAGAAAUUGGUCCGAGAGCAAAUUUAAUUUGUAGACGUAUAAAACUUGCUUCUGAAGAUUUAUUUAAAGAAGCUUGUAAAAAACCAAAAGAACUUAAGAUUAAGAAGAAGAAGAAUAUAUCCAUAGAUAACUUUGGAACAACCUUCGGUCGUAUACAUAUUGGAGUACAAAAUAUUAAUAGUAUACAGACAAGAAAAAUGAAAGGAUUAAAAAAAACAAUGGCAGAAAAAAAAAAUGGAAUGAAAAGGAAAAAUUUGGAAAAUAAUCAUAUUAAGUCAAAAAAAUCAAAAAUAAAUUCAAAUAAUAAUAGCAAUAAUAACAAUUAAUAUUAAUUUAAAAAAAUUAUUUCUCUAAAACUAAUAUAAAAAUAAAUGUAAAUUUUAAUCAUUUCAUUUUUUAUUAAAAAUAUUCAAUAUAAUAAAAGAAUGCUGAUUUUUGUUUAAUAUCUUUUGAUGUUCCAAAUUGUUUCAGUUUUACAAUCCUAAAAAUAAAAUAAAAAUAGAGAUAAAAAUAAAGAAUAUAAAAUAUAUGAUUUAAAAAUUAUAAAUUGAAUGUAAUACCUUUAUUAUUAUACCAUAAGUGGAAAGUUCUGAUCGUAUUUUAUCACAUGCAAUAAGUAAAGUUUUAUCUUUUACAUCAUGUUCUAAAACUUUAUUACGAACAAUAUGUCUAAAUUUAAUUAAACAUUCAAUGAGAUUGUUUAUUUUAUUGUCAUUUAUUGUUGAAGAAUUUGAAAUUCCAAAUUUUGAAAAUAUUGUUGAUAUAUAAUUUAAUACUGCAACUAUAGCAGGUAUACAAGUACCACAAGUAAUUUUUCUAUCCUAUUUAAUAUAAUAGUUUUUCAAAUUUGUUAUUAUUAUUAGUAAAUUAAUAUAUAUUUUUGAAAUAUUAUAUAUAUUUUCUGAUAUUAAUAAAUUUAUAUUUACCUUAGAA